AUGUCUUCACAACUAGUGUCACUGCCCGAAGUUGAGCGCCUCAGCCCAGCAUGCAUCCGCAUUCUGGGAGGUAACCCGGGAAAGUUUACGCUGCAAGGCACCAACACGUAUCUCGUCGGCACGGGCAGCCGCCGUAUACUCAUCGAUACAGGCGAGGGCAAACUCUCGUGGAUCACUGCCGUCAAGAAAACUCUGGAGGAGGAGAAGGCAACGGUUGAGAAACUCUUGAUCACUCACCGGCAUCAUGAUCACACUGGCGGCAUUCAGCAGCUGCUAGAGCUGUCCCCAAGCUCCGAGGUCUUCAAGAACCAGCCCGAGGAAGGCCAGUCAGAUAUCUCGGACGGCCAAAAGUUUUCCGUCGACGGGGCCAGCCUUACCGCUGUCUUCACCCCGGGGCAUACAGUCGACCACAUGGCCUUCGUCUUGGAGGAGGAGGACGCCAUGUUCACGGCGGAUAACGUCUUGGGCCAGGGCACCGCCGUAUUCGAGGACUUGACCGUCUACCUCAACAGCCUCGAGAGAAUGCAGCGCCUGUUCAAGGGGAGGGCGUAUCCGGGUCACGGGCCCGUGAUUGACAACGGUCCAUCCAAGAUUCAAGAAUACAUCAACCACAGGAAGGCCCGAGAGGAGCAGGUCAUUCGUACGCUGAAGACGGCGAGGCAAGGCUCUGAUAUCGAGGGCGAUCCGUAUGCCUGGACACUCAUGGAAAUUGUUAAGGUCAUCUAUGCCGACGUUCCUGAGGAGCUGCAUAUCCCGGCGAGCGGUGGGAUUAUACAGAUCUUGGAAAAGCUCGAAAAGGAAAACAAGGUUGUCCAGAGCGGCGAGAGAUGGAAGUUGAAGGAUCGUUCGGCGUUGUAG